AUGUCAACCAACAAUGCCGCUCUCGACGCUCCUCCUCCACCGCCAUAUACCGAUCGUAUGGUCACGCUAUCGGAGAUCGGCGACCUCCUCCGUCCGUUGGUUCAACGCCUCGACGAGCAAGCUGCGCAGAUACAGCAACUUACGGAACGAAUCGAGCAGAGAGAGCAACAAGGGCUUCAACGGCCAAAUUCGCUGCUCGUACAGCUGCGUGAUCGACUUCGAUCUUGGUUACAGGGGCUCAACAGACUCCUCCUCGCCCUACGAGAGCGAAUACGGUUCGCAAAUGUAUGGCGACAAGUCGAAUUCUACGGCAAUUUACUCGACAACCACCCUGAGUUUCUGGCGUCAGAGUUGGCUAGCGAAGAGAGCCUUGAUGGCGGUGCAGAGACUGCGUGA